UAAACCAAUAGGGGGACUCCAUUAUAAUAGGGAGACCGAUAUUCGCUAUAUGGCGGCUCUGGGAUUAAAUUCUUCGCCGGUCGAUCUCAACUGAUCAUGUGCGGUGCGACGUUGCCCUUUCGAUCGAAGUGUGAAGGCGGUAAAGCGGAGGCAGGUACUGCUGGCUCCCAACCUUGUGAAUUGUAACUGAACUGUACACACACCACUGCAAACAGCAGGCUACGUACGUAGGCUAGGCUACACUGGCUGAUUGACGGACAUGCUUGUUGGAUCCGGACCGGUUUUUUUAGGAGUGGUUGUCUGUCAACGCAGUGCGUACUCCACACAGUGACAGAACAGUUGCUGCUGCACAGACCGCCUCAGCAGUCCCCAGCCUCAGGCCGUCCGUCAGUAGACAGAGUACCAGAUAGUGUCAAACCAUGACUGGUUCAGAACAGGAACCGGCGCAGGGAGAGGAGGUGAAACCGACUACCCCGGCGGAGGAGACCAUCCCGCUACAGGAUCCGCCGCAGGACGCCGAGGCUCCGAAGGAUGAUCCCGCCGCUGCCGAGGACCCGGAAGGCUCGGCCGGCUCGCCAAGCCACCCCGACAGCAAGCUGCAGAGAGGGAGGAGGUCCAUCAAGAAGAAAACGCAGUACAUCAUCAGAGAAAAGCACGGCCCUAUGAGAAACGCCAUUCCCUACAUGCCAAUGCCAGUCGCUAUUUUCCUGUGCGUGCUGAACAUCGUGCCUGGAGUUGGUACGUUCCUGUCGGCGUUCUUCACGCUGUGCUGCCCGGUGCCGGGGAUGAAGGACGAGCCGAAGACGAAGCCGUUCUCGUACUGCCUGCUGGCAGCCUUCGUGCAGAUCGUGCUGGCCAUCAUCAUCGUGGGCUGGAUCCUCAGCUUCUACUGGGGAGUCAUGUUCAUCGUCAUCUCAUGGCGGAAGGGUGAGGAGCCAGUGGCAGUCAUCGAGCGAUACGAGAAAUGAAGAGAUUAUCAUGAAAACGGACGAUCCACGCUAUAGAAAAGCUGUUAAUUUGAAAGUGUUCAAAUAAUGUGUCCUCCUCUUAACAGGAACAGACCGAUCAAUUAUUACACAAAUAGAUAUUAUAUAGCUGUUAUAGUAGCCAUCUUAACAUUUUAAAACCUUUUCUUCCUCACAAGUAGAAUCAGGGUAGAAGAAUGACGUAGUUCUGGGGCUUCAGCAAAGAGUUGACGCACAGGUAGACGAAAUUUGUAGGCGAAGAUACAGCAGGUUCCUAGAAUGUAGUAAAUCAUCAAUUACUAACAGGGCUCAGCUGCAGGGACCGUACGUUGAUAGGGUUGGUUGGAGUCACACGGACAUGGCGUAGUGAAAAAUGAACGGUCCCUGAAUGUAACCCUACGGAAGUUUCAGGGGACGACCACCAGCCUUUGGCACGACAACAGCCACAAUUCCCGCGCUUUCAUGGCGAUGUAUAACUGACAUUAAUUGGAGUAACAACGGAAGCCGUUCAGAUAAGAGAUAGAAUUUCUUAGAAAUCAACCGACGAGGCAUGUCGUGAGUGUUAUGGAUGUAAAGCUACUGUGGAAAAUACGUCUGUGCCAGAAUAACUAAUGCUGCAAAACCUCCUUUCCACUGGACGGAGAUCGCUGAUCGAUCAUACGGCAAUCAAAAUUGUAUUUGUGUGACCCAUGAACAUGACGCAACGGGAAAAAGUAUGUUCAAGGAGAGAUAACAAAACACAAGACGUAAAAUAUUGUAUUUAUCUAUGAAAUUCGUUGAGCAAUAUGUCAACGUUUUGGUCGCUCAGCGGUAGCAGCCUCUAGUGGAUAGGAGGUUGGGUGUAUCUAACAAUAUGACGUUUUAUAAGAUGCUAUUCUGGAAAGAUCGCAAGCCAAAGCUGGAAUUUGUAACACCGAAUAAAAGUAUUUCCUGUUUAAGCCACGUACCGAUAUAGCUUUUUCAUGUGGUUAUGCAGCUUUGCUUUGAUAUAUAUAUAUAUAUAUGUAUAAGGUAAAUUGAUCUAACUCAGUACGUAAAGUGUAUGUUGAGAUAUAUCUAAUGAUGAACGACGCAUCCCAGACCGGUGGAACACACGAUAUUUGUUCGGAAAAAAGUUGAUAGUAUGACAACAAACAAGUCUACUCCCGCACGGUUCAUAGACCAUGUAAAACUUCUCUUGUCGUGGCAGCUGUCCAAGUCUCAGAAAAAUGAGUAUAGUUUAAUUUCUGUGCCAAUUUUUCAUUAAUCGGAAUUGGAACUCGUAGUUCUUGAAUGGUGCUGGCGUAGACAGAUAAAAUGACAUUAUGGACAACUGUGAAAUACGUAUAAGGGUGGUGCGAAAGAUGGCCGUGGAUGUAUUUUGACAAUUUGUAAAAUUCUGUAACAUUUCUGAGGUUUUUAUGAAUAUUUCCUUAUCAUUAUCUAUAUUUGUAAGAUGAAAACGAGAUGAAAUAAAAUUAAGUGUUUGUAAUGUCUGAA